UAGAAACAGUGUAUUUGUUUACAUUUCUUAAAAACUGUUUUGAAAAUAAAGUAAUGGAUAUUGGGUUGUUGUGGUCUGAAAUUUCUCGCAACUUUCCGAUAUUAAGUGGAAAUGUUGCAAUCACGUAUUCUGAUGAUGACAGCCAUCACCAACUGUGCAAGGAUAUCAUAUCGCUUGGGUUAAGUGACGCCUUGAGCGAAAUAGUUUUUUCAGAAAUUCAGUCUGCCGUUCGUGACAAAAUUGUGCCUUUGUUUUGGUCAAAUUUUCCAAUAGGAUUGGGGAUUACUGAACAAACAGCUGAAUCCCAAUUUCUGAUGUUUCAUCAAUUUGCCUCGGCUGUUGACAAUCUUCAAAAAAAUGUUAGUUGCUUAGAAAUAUUUAUAGAGCGAGUAAAUAAAUUGCAUCCUCGGCAAAAUAAUGAUAGUAGGAAAUUACAUGCAAUAUUAUUGAAAACAUUGCUUGGACAAAUGCCAACUGGUUUUAAUGAAGUCGUGUCUGCUUUUUACUGCGUGGCUUUUCAGAUCUAUAUUCAGAUGUACACUAAUCCAACUGCUGUGAUAACGGAUGCUGAAUUAAUGAUGAAUAAAAAAGAAUGUUCCGGAUGUAAAAAUGAAAUGAAUGGCUGUGAGUGCCAAAGUUUGGAUAUAUUAAUAAAUAAAACAAAUAAGGCGUUACGAGAAAUGGAACUUUUAGAUGGCAUAGCAGGAGAAAGUUUGACAUUACUGGUUCAAAAAUGCAUAAAAGGGCACAUUAAAGAGACAUGCCAUGGAAUAUUUGACCGAAGUUUUCUGAGGCAGCUUGAAAUUUGGCUGGACGAGACUAUAAUCAAUUGGCUGAGGAAAAUUUUUAGUCAUGUAUGCAUGCAUUCACAAACUCCUGAGACAUGUACUUCUAAUAUUAUAAAAGGAUUCAAAGUUAAAUUAACAUAUUUUUUGUAUGAACAUUUCGCUCUUAGCAUUAUCGAACAGUUUUUUAGUAUAAUAAUUGAUUUUCCGGAUUCCAUUCCUGCCAUAGAUGAUUUAAAGAUUUGCAUGGAAAAGAUAGAUAUGAGAAAACACUUCAUUCGAACUCUGACGAAUACAUUAAAAGUUCGAGUAUUACAUCCUGGCGUUAAUACUAUGGAUAUUUUAACUGGAUAUAUUGCCGCAAUUAAAGCUAUCAGAUAUCUUGACAACAGUGGAAUUAUUUUAGAAACAGUUACUACACCAAUAAGAGAUUAUCUUCGCAAACGCAGUGAUACUGUGAGGCGUGUGGUAACAGGUCUGACUGAAGAAGGCCCUACUGAUUUAACAGAAGAACUAGCUAAAGGAGAAUCAAGUAAAGAAAAUGCGAAACUAGACGCUAAUGACGAACUGAACAAUUGGGAAAAUUGGUUGCCAGACUCUUAUGGUAUCGAUCAGACAGCACGCGCUCAGUUAAUCAAUGUCAACCGUUCAGCCGAUAUAAUAUCUAUGGUAGUUGACAUAUAUGGAAGUAAAGAACUUUUUAUGAACGAAUACCGUAACUUAAUGGCAGAUCGGUUACUAACUUAUUUGGAUUUCAAUGCGGAUAAAGAAAUAAGAAACUUGGAAUUACUUAAACUAAGAUUUGGAGACUCGUUACUUCACAGCUGUGAAGUCAUGUUGAAAGAUCUCACAGACUCAAAACGAAUUAAUUCACAUAUCUCAAGUGAUACAAAAUAUAAAGAAAAUAAAACAUUUGAUAUAUCAGCAUUCACAAUAUCUGCGCAGUUUUGGCCUACUUUCAAUAAAGAAAGUCUGGAGCUUCCCGACGAAAUUGCCAACGAGUUUGAAAAAUACACUAAAGCUUAUGAAGCAUAUAAAGGAAAUAGAACAUUAAAUUGGAGGACAGUAACUGGACGAGUUCAUAUUCUUAUUGAAAUAGGGCAACGGAUAAUAGAAAUGACAGUAUCACCAACACAUGCAAUCAUAUUAUACCACUUCCAAGAUAAAGAUGAAUGGCUAUUAGAAGACCUUAGUCAGAUUACAAAAGUUCCAUCUACUAUAUUGCGUCGAAGAAUUGAGUUUUGGAUUUCACAUGAUCUAAUAAAGGAAAUUCGACCAGGAGCAUUCAAACUAGUGGAGGACGAUGGCAAAAAGUCUCCAUUCGAAAAAACUCAAUUAAGUCAAUCACUUGGAGAGGAAGAUGUAGAAUCAGCUAUGGCUUCUGCAAGCGAUCAGCGUGAAGAAGAGCUUCAGGUAUUUUGGUCAUAUAUAGUUGGAAUGCUAACAAACUUGGACUCCUUACCACUCGAUCGUAUUCAUCAGAUGCUUAAAUUAUUUGCUUCGCAUGGAGGUGGCAUAGAAUUCACGCAAGAUGAGCUUAAAAAUUUUCUACAACGAAAGGUUAGAGAACAUAAGUUAAUGUAUACAGGUGGCGUAUAUCAGUUAUAUAAAUAGACUCUUAACAAAUAAAUUUUGUAUUGUGGACCCACCAGAAUAAAAAAAUAAUAAUUUUCAAUUUUAAUAAAAUAAAUUAAUGAAUUUCGAUUUAGAAAAUAAUAUUUUUGAAGUAAAGUUACGUCAAAUACAUAUACAAAAAUAUUUCCUCGA